AUGGUGUCCCCGUCCCCCUCUGACACGGGGUCCCCCCAGGUGGCCCCCGAGACGCGGGCGGUGAUCGACUGGAUGCAGCGCUACCCCUUCGUGCUGAGCGCCAACCUGCACGGGGGGGAGCUGGUGGUCACCUACCCCUUCGACAUGACCCGCACCUACUGGAAGGCGCAGGAGCUGACCCCCACCCCGGACGACGGCGUCUUCCGCUGGUUGGCCACCGUCUACGCCACCUCCAACCUGGCCAUGGCCAGCGAGGAGCGGCGCCUCUGCCACUACGACGACUUCGCCCGCCUGGGCAACGUCAUCAACGGCGCCAACUGGCACACGGUGCCCGGCAGCAUGAACGACUUCAGCUACCUGCACACCAACUGCUUUGAGAUCACGGUGGAGCUCUCCUGUGACAAAUUCCCGCACGCCUCCGAGCUGCCAGAGGAGUGGGAGAACAACCGGGAGUCCUUGCUGCUCUACAUGGAGCAGGUUCACCGCGGGAUUAAGGGGGUGGUUCGGGAUGCGGACACUGAGGAGGGCAUCGCCAACGCCAUCAUCGCUGUGGAUGGCAUCAACCACGACAUCCGGACGG